AUGAUCGGUAUCAAAAUCCCGCCACCACCAAAUGUACCACCGUUCUUCGGGCUUCGGCCCUCGAAUCCAGGAGAAGUGAUUCCACGUGGUUCUUUGCCAUCCGAUAAUAAUCAGGAGAAACAUGCAGUAAAUGCGUCCUCGCCGUUGUCUGCAGAUUCGCCCAUUGGCGAAGGAUCAGUGCGUUCCAUUUUGGCUAGUGGAGUCAAAUUAGCCGCAGCAGACGAGUCGAUUGACCAGGAUGAACCCUACGGUCGAAUGAUGUUAAAAGCAAAAGGCAAGGAUCUGCGGGCGCAAGGUUUCUUUUGUAUUUGCACUCGAUGA